AUGUUGCAGCGAGUAUUAUCUCGAGAGAAUGUGGAUGAGCGUCGACGUGCAUUUUUUCGUGCUAGUGGCAUCACAACGUACCGUCAAUUACUUCAUCGCCCUUUGUGGGAUGUCGCGCACGUCGUUGACUUGUCCGUUUGCGAAACUGAGGAAUUAUUGACAAAGAUCUCGAUUCGUUUGGCCCCAGCAAGUCGAUCGGCGUUCGAUUUAUUCUUGGAAAGUGCCAACCAUCCGACGUUCUUACGCACGGGUCUUCCAGGCAUCGAUCAGGCUCUGAAUGGAGGACUUCACUGCCGAACAUUGUCAGAGUUUGUGGGCACUGCUGGAAUCGGCAAGAGUCAAGCGGUCAUGACACUUGCGGUAGUGUGUGCGCUGGACUAUCCGGACAAUGGAGUCAUAUUCUUCGAUGUUGAGCACAACUUUAGUGCUAAACGAUUGUUGCAGAUAACUAUUGCGCGCAUUCGACAGACGCAUGCAGGUCAAGAGGCAGAUAUCAACGAGUUGGCUGCAGCAGUCAUACAACGCAUUCGUUAUGUGAGAGUUAGCUCCAUUGCAACGUUUUUUGCCAAAUUUAAGGAAGUGCAAAAUGCUAUUUACUCGCUCAAGACUAAGCUUCUCAUUAUUGACUGCGUGGCAGCGCUUUUUCUUAAGGUGGAUGGCUCAACUCACGCACAGCGUACGCAUCAAAUGCUGCGGUUGGCAAGAGAGUUGAAACUUUUCGCCGACACGUACCAAGUGUUCGUUGUUGUCACAAAUCGGGCAACCACGAUUGAAGGUGAUGAUGGAUUCUAUACGAAGCCGCAACUAGGCGAUAGUUGGGCGCACUGCGUCACUACCAGGUUGAUCAUGGAGCAGCAUUCGUUGUGUCGCGCGAUCACCAUUGUCAAGUCGUCCGUAGCAGGAUACGUCGUGCAGCCGUUUACGGUCAAGGAAGGCGGUGUUGAAGCUGUUGAAGAUGCAAGUGACGCAGUAGCUUCAGACGACUUUACCAUUCACGACGAACUGCUGAGUGAUAUGGCACUUACAGGGAGACCUCUAACUGUAGAUCCAGGGUGCACAGUACGAUCAACACAGCAGAGUAACGCAGAGGAUCUCGACGCAACGCAGCCUAUUGGGCAAAGCGACGAAGAGUUGCAGUCGUUUCAGCAAGAAGAAGCGCAAGAAACUGGGUCUAGCAGCUUUGACAUCGUGUCCGACUCAAACUCGAAUGAAGACCACGAGUCAUUCAAUUGGGAUAUCGUCACUGAGGAGUAA